AUGUCAAACACUGAGGCAUCGGAAUUACCAACUUGCAGAACCCAUAGGAGGGCGAGUGCGGUCGUACGACCCCCUAUACCAUCAAAUCUCGUCGCUAUUCCUGGAAAAUUCUCACUACUGGCGUCGCUACCAGUAGAACUCCACCUUCACGUCAUAUCUUUCCUAGACCUCAAUGACGUAAUUCGCCUUCGACGAACGUGCCGGCACUAUUACCACUACUUCACACACGACAACCUUAUAAACUACUUUAGCGUAGAUGGACGGCCCACUCCCGAGUUGCUUCGCUGCUGUGUCAACUGCUUUCAACAAUUUGACCACGUCUUAAUUUUUGAUGAGGUACGCUGGCCGAGCCCGUGGAGCUCAAUGUGUUUCCAAUGCUUUCGUGUGGAGCGAAGUCCGGCCUACAAGGAUAGAAGCAAGCUUGCACAUAUUAUCUUUGUGGAUGGGGAGCAUGGCCAUGUCUGCUCUUACUGCGGCUGGCCCGUAAAUUGGGAACUAAUGCACCGAACUUGCUGUAAAUAUGCAAAUAAUUCGUUUGAACGUUUCCUCUACACGAAGUGGCAGGACAUGUUCCACGUUAUGAUACUCAUUCCACUUCUAACUAUCGUAUGCCAUAAUGUUAUGCCUACAUCUGUUAUGCCCCCAGGAUUAAGGUUCUUUCAGUAUAUACCUCCAGUGGUUGAAAUUUACGUAUAUAUUCACAGUCUCAAGAAAAUUGCAGACGAAGACCAUUAUUACCUGAAUCAAGAGGUCUUCUGGUAUCCCCAUUUUCUUAUUGGCCCUAUAUUAGUUCUCCUUUGGUUGCCAUUGGUCAUCCAAAUGCUAUAUGGGGUGCAAAUUAAUUGGAACAACAAGCACGCGGUAGAAGGUGGUGUAAUUGUGGCCUGUUAUUUCUUACUUAGACUUUUGAUACAUGCUAUGAAGACCAUAGGUAUGGCUAUCUGGGUUUCAGGAUACGAUACUAGAAGUUGGUCUCUUCCACGAUUAUCCCACACACAAAAGCUCCGCUAUAUUUUGUAUUCGUGGUUAGUAACUUGGUGGACGAUGGAGAAGCCUUCGGUGUGAAUAUCAAGGAGAAGAUAGGUAAUGGUUUAUACACGCGCACGUGUGCAUAUAUCAGGUACUUUUACUCGGUAUGACCUUAAUUUCUUUUUUUUAUUCAUUCCUUCAAAAUAAUAGUUAAGAGGUACCUACAUAAACAAUAAGCUCUUCGUUGUAUACUCAACCUUAACUUUAACCAAGCUCGUGUCCUAUUGGAGGUUGCCCUCUGGGAGAAUAGCUCAAAG